CUGCCGGGGAGGGGGAUAGGACUCCAAUCUCCCCUCUGUCAGUCACAGCCUGCAGUAGUGUGUGUACGCGGCUGCUGUGCUCUGAUAAGUCGAGCACGAUCUUACUGACCCGUGGGCUCUUGGCACGAAUUAAACCCCUCCCGCGAGAAAGGGGAGAGUGGGCUCUUGGGUUUAGCCCCAAAUAAAGCUUAAGAAUAGGGCACUGGGCUCAGGGCAGAGUAACCACUGUCCAGCGCUGUGGCUGAGGGAGCGUUUCCACAUCUUGCGGGAAGCAAGCACCGCAUGUAAUUGGGGCUGCAGCUGCUCUCACACCAGCCCUGCGGGAGAAUGAUGCACCUUAGUAAAAUAACGGGAUUCACUGUGAAUCUGUCCCCCGGUGCCUACGGCGUGUAUACAGCCGGAGAGGUGUUGUCGGGACAAGUGGUUCUGGAGCUGGGCAAGGCGGUGAGGAUUACAGCCCUGGAGGUCUGUGCCCGGGGACUGGCUACCGUGCACUGGCUGGAGACCCGCAGCAUCGGCAUGAACACGGUCUACAGCGACUUCACUGCCCAUGAGUCCUAUAUAAGGAAGCGGCACCACUUGCUAAGAGACAACGGGACUCUUAAUAUUCUGCCAGCAGGAAGGCACGAGUUUCCCUUCACGUUUCAGUUGCCUGAGACCUUGGUGACCUCCUUUGAAGGCAAGCAUGGAUCCGUUCGCUACUGGGUUAAAGCAAAGCUGCACCGCCCGUGGUCCACAGUUAAAAAAACCAAGAAGGAGUUUACGGUGAUUGAACCUAUUGAUAUCAACACGCCAGAUCUGUUGUCUCCACAGGCUGGUACCAAGGAGAAGGUUGCACAUGCCUGGUACUGCAACCUGGGACAAGUUUCUGUUACUGCUAAGAUCGACCGCAAAGGGUACACUCCAGGUGAGUCGGAUUAUUUUGGAUUCUAUGUCAUUUAAUAAUGUGGUUAUUAA